GUCAUUAGUCUCACAUAGAAACCAUAGAAACCGCCUAAAUGUGUUUGUUGUAAUUUGUAAUCGUUUGCCAACGAAUCAAAUUUAUAAAAAUUAAAUCUAUUAUUAUAUUUAUAUAGUUAUAAAUAAAUAAGAUAAAAAAAAAACUCAAUAAAAUGGAUACUGAUAACGGGAGAAUAAGACAAAGUCCGAUGAAGGACACUGAAGAUUUCAGUUUCUCAGAGGAAGAAGGAGGUGAUACUGCGGACUCAUUGGAUAUUAAACCGCCACAAGCAGCAUUACGUUUGCGAAAAUCAAACUCCUCUAGAAGACGUGAUAAGCAUGGGGAGAGACGCGAUAGGCGCGAUGACAAAGAUCGCAAGUCGCGGCACCACGACCGCGAGGAUCGACGCAGAGAAAAUAAACACAGGCACCGCAGACACGGUGUGGAGUCCGCCUCUGACGGCGGCGGCGGUUCCAAGAGGGAACGAGACAGAUUAGAACGAACUGAUAGACUGGACACUUACUCUCGCAGUGCUGCUGCUAGUGAAAGAGAGUCUUCUAGAUAUGAGAGGAAAGAAAGAAUCACUGAAGAUCGUGUCCUUGAGGAUUUACGUUCCAGAUUAUUGGACAAGCGACGCGAAAGACGAGAUGAUCCCCGAGACUUACGUGAUUUUAAGUCUGAAUCACGGCGCGAGUCGCGUUUGGAAGAGACCCGCGAACCUCGAGAUCGUCGGGAAGUCAGAGUUGAAGAUGCGCGGGAUAGACGAGACGAGAUACGCAUGGAGGAGCGACGUAACAUCCGGAGUAUCGAUAACUCCCCGUACAAUGAGUGUGAGCUCGUGGAAGAGCGACCGAAUCGGGAGAAACGCCACAAGAGAAGUCACAAGCCCGACAGGGUAAGAGAUAAAGACAGAGAACAAGACCGCGAGCGCGAGUACCGCGAAAAACAGAUUCCGGAGUCGAUGAUGGAGGGCAUUGAAGACAAUAGAGAAGAAUUGAAUUUAAAUGAUUCGCCUGUGGAGGUGAAAGAUCCGAAAGAACUCAUGGAGCAGGAGUUACGCAAAGAAAGGUUACUUGAAGCGGAUCGUGAAUUGGCGCGAAGAAAAGAAGCUGCGAGACUGGAGUUAGAAGAGAGAAGAUCGAAGAGAGGAGAGAAACGUCCCCGUAGUCCUGACCCACCAAUCUUUAGAUUGAGCGACGAAAGCCUCAGUCCUGUACAAUCUGAUGACGACCAGUCGAAAUCUUCAAAAUCUCAAGAUAGAAAUACCUCGGACGAGCGCCAGAGUGUCAAAGAUAAAUCAUCAGAUAAACAGACUUCGGACUCAUCGGACUCGAGUAGUGACGACGACGAGUCAACCGACUCGAACAAAGGCACCAAUGACGACUCUAAUGACGGCUCUGAUGAUUACAGUAAUCCGAGUCCACUGUCCGUCGACCGUCUCGUCAAAUCAGAUCACUCUGACGGCGGAUCUCCAGGCCGUGUCGUGUCAAACGGUGCUGCCAAGGAACCUGAAGAAGUUGCGGUAGAAAUAAAAGAAGAAAUAGAGCAGGAGUUACCUCCAUACUUACCUGCAAUCCAAGGCUGUCGUUAUGUCGACGAAUUCCUGAGUUUGAAUCGUAUUGAAGAGGGUACUUACGGUGUCGUUUAUCGAGCACGUGAUAAACGGACCGGUGAUAUUGUCGCGCUGAAAAAAUUGAAAAUGGACAGGGAAAAAGAAGGAUUUCCCAUCACUAGUUUGAGGGAAAUAAAUACGCUGCUGAAAGCGCAGCACCCAAAUAUCGUUACCGUCCGAGAGAUCGUUGUCGGCAGCAACAUGGACAAGAUAUACAUCGUCAUGGACUAUGUGGAGCAUGACUUGAAGUCCCUGAUGGAGACGAUGAAGCAGAAGAAACAAAAUUUUUUACCCAGCGAAGUAAAGUGUCUGAUGCAACAAUUAUUGAAAGCGGUGGCGCAUUUACACGACAAUUGGAUACUCCACCGCGAUUUGAAAACUUCUAAUUUGCUACUGAGUCAUCGGGGAAUUUUAAAAGUCGGUGACUUUGGAUUGGCGCGCGAAUAUGGAUCACCAUUAGGUCGAUACACGCAAGUAGUCGUGACUUUAUGGUACCGCGCGCCAGAAUUGUUACUUAACGGCAAAGAAUACAGCACGCCGAUCGAUAUGUGGUCCGUCGGCUGCAUAUUCGCCGAAUUGAUACGCAUGGAAGCUCUAUUUCCCGGGAAAUCGGAGAUCGAUCAGAUACAAAAAAUAUUCAAAGAACUAGGAUCACCAAACGAUCGCAUUUGGCCAGGUUACUCUAACUUACCAUUAGUAUCAAAAAUACCUUUUGCUCAAUCGUAUCCAGUCAACAAUCUGCAUCAACGAUUCCGCCUAAAAUUAUCCGACAAUGGAAUGGAAUUACUGUGCAAGAUGUUGACUUACGAUCCAGCUCAACGCAUCACCGCCGAAGACGCAUUGCAGCAUCCCUACUUCACCGAGUCGCCGUUGCCAAUAGAACCGUCGAUGUUUCCGACCUGGCCAGCCAAGUCCGAGCAGAAAGACAGAUCCGCUGUCAAGACAAACGCAUCCCCGAAACCACCAAGCGGCGGCAAAGAGUACAAACAACUUGGUGAGUACGACGAGGCUGAAAUAACUUCCUCCGUCGAUGGUUUCCACAUGGGUCUCAUGGAAAGUGGCCGUCGUAGAGCCGUACCCGCUGGCGCCGGUUUUCACCUCAAGUUUUGAUCCAAAUGGAAAAUGCAUCGACACCUUACCCGCAACUCGAUUUUACUUAAGUGUUAGUGUAAUAUAAUUAUAAUAAUUAAAUAUUAUAAGUCUUAUUUUUUAUUGUACAGCAAGUAAAAAAAAAAAAACAAAUUAAUUGACGUUUACAAAAUUUUAACGCGGUAUCUUUUCUACUGAGGUUAAUUAUUUUUCUACUACUAGUUAAUUAAAAUAUAUACGUAAAUUGUACAAACAAGAUAAACAAAUUUAAAAACGUGUCAAUAUAGGAUAGAUGAGUUGGCGUAAUAAUUUGUAAAAUACUUUAUAUUAAAGUGUAAUUUAUUGUUGGUAUUGGAAUAACAUAUCGAAAGUUUAUUGACAUUGUUUGCAAACAAGGUAAAAACAAAUUAAAGGAAUGAUUGAAUUUAUAUAUAAAUAUAUAUAUUUGUAUUAUAAAAA